AUGUCAGGGAUGACGAUCACAGAUGACAUGCUGUGCGCGCAGGGCUCCAACGGUGGUCUGGUAACAGACAUCUGUCAGGGGGACAGCGGAGGGCCGAUCGUCUGCGCUUCAGGCGGCACCUACUUUCUUCACGGCGUCGUGUCGUGGGGACCUGUAUCGUGUGGCAUUCAAAAUUUCCCUGGAGUCUGGAGUCGGGUCACUUAUGCAAGGGAUUGGAUGACUGGGUUGAUGGGGGACUUGACGGUACCCCCGACGCCAUCGCCCGCACCUACGGUUGCGCCUACAGCAGCGCCGACUGCUCUCCCAACAGCAGCACCGACAGCUGCGCCGACUUCGGCACCAACGGAUGCGCCGACCGCAUCCCCAACAGCAGCACCGACAGUAGCGCCGACUGCCCUCCCGACCGCAGUACCGACAGCUGCGCCGACUACGGCACCAACGAAAGCGCCGACCGCAUCCCCUACAUCAGCACCGACGGCUGCGCCGACUGCAUCACCGACCGCUUCCCCAACAGCAGCACCGACAGUUGCGCCGACUGCAGCACCGACGGAGGCGCCGACUUCUUCCCCCACAACGGUACCGACAGCUGCGCCGACAUCAGCACCGACCGCUGUUCCAACAGCAGCACCGACCGAGGCGCCGACAGCUGUGCCGGCUUCCCCAACAGCGGCACCGACAGCCGCGCCGACUGAAGCACCAACGGCAGCGCCGACCGCUUCCCCAACAGCAGCACCGACAGCCGUGCCGACUGCGACGCCAACGGAAAGGCCGACCGCUUCCCCAACAGCAGUGCCGACAGUUGCGCCGACAGCAGCACCGACGGCUGCGCCGACUGCAGCACCAACGGGGGCGCCGACCACGCCGCCACCGUCGCCAGCGCCGCUGUGCGGCGAAAAGGGUCUGGACAACACUCCCUGGGAGACGCAGCGCGGCCAGCGCAUUGUGGGAGGGCAAGCCACCACGCCAUGCGAGUGGAAGUGGCAGGUUUCUCUGGCGGCCUCUUGGGGGCACUUCUGUGGAGGAGCACUGAUCGCUCCCAACUGGGUCCUGACAGCUGCUCACUGUGUGGGUAGCUAUAGCUUCUCAAUCGUAGCGGGCAGCUACCACAGACUUUCAGCAGAUUCGAGCCAGGAGGUACUGCAGGUGAAGCAAGUGUUCUCCCAUCCAGAGUAUGACAGUUCGACGAUGCGAUUCGACUUUGCCCUCGUAGAGUUGGUCGGUGAGGCGUCCUUGAACGAAUGCAUUGGGGUAGCAUGCUUGCCAAGUGAGGCGGUCGCGGACGGUGAAGAGUGCUUCAUAACUGGGUGGGGGACCCUUUCCUCUGGUGGGACAUCCCCUGACUUGAUGCAGGAGGCGCAGGUGAGCAUUAUCAGCAACUCAGACUGCAGCGCGGCCUACGGCCAAUCGCAGAUCACCGAUGACAUGUUGUGCGCCCAGGGCGUCAACAGCGCCGGGGACGUUACCGACGCCUGCCAGGGGGACAGUGGUGGACCUCUCGUCUGUGCUUCUGGAGGCGCUUCCUACGUCUUGCACGGAGCCACGUCCUGGGGCUACGGGUGCGCAGAUGAGCGGUACCCCGGAAUAUGGUCUCGGGUCAGUUACGUGCGUGAUUGGAUCGACGAGUUGAUGGGGGCGACUGAGGCCCCGACUCCGUCAACUCCAGCACCUCCUCCAACGCCUUCUCCUGACCACAUGUGGGCGGACGUCGUCGGCCAGUGCACGCUGGACGGCGCGUGUGUGCAGAGCGAGAAUUAUCCGCAGCCGUAUGGUAACAACCAGAUGUGCACGAUUACGAUCGACGCGUCGAACGCAGCACCGAUCGUCGUCGAGAGUUUUGACGUUGAGUCGUAUUUCGACUACCUCAUUGUCGACGGAGGGGACAGGUAUACUGGAACCUCAGGUCCCUCUGGGGUCACCCCAGCGGAGACUGUGCUGUGGUCGUCUGACUUUUCUGUUACAAGGAGUGGAUGGAGAAUUUGCAUGCCGGCAUCAACACCUGCACCCCCUCCGACCGCAGCACCAACGCCUGCGCCGACCGUUUCUCCAACUGCCAGGCCGACUGCAGCACCGACUCUUGCACCGACCGCUUCCCCGACAGGUGCACCGACAGCCGCACCGACAGCAUCACCGACCGCUUCUCCAACAGCAGCACCACCGACAGCCGCACCGACAUCAGCACCGACCGCAUCCCCAACAGCAACACCGACAGCUUCGCCGUCUCCUGCGCCGACUCCUGCGCCGACCGCUGCGCCGACGCCCGGCUCUGCGCACAUGUGGUCGGCCAUCUCCGGUGCGUGCACGCUAGACGGCGCAUGUGUACAGAGCGCGAACUAUCCGCAGCCGUAUGGCAACAACCAGAUGUGCACGAUUACGAUCGACGCGUCGAACGCAGCACCGAUCGUCGUCGAGAGUUUUGACGUUGAGUCGUAUUUCGACUACCUCAUUGUCGACGGAGGGGACAGGUAUACUGGAACCUCAGGUCCCUCUGGGGUCACCCCAGCGGAGACUGUGCUGUGGUCGUCUGACUUUUCCGUAACAAGGAGUGGAUGGAGAAUUUGCAUGCCGGCAUCAACACCUGCACCCCCUCCGACCGCAGCACCAACGCCUGCGCCGACCGUUUCUCCAACUGCCAGGCCGACUGCAGCACCGACUCUUGCACCGACCGCUUCCCCGACAGGUGCACCGACAGCCGCACCGACAGCAUCACCGACCGCUUCUCCAACAGCAGCACCACCGACAGCCGCACCGACAUCAGCACCGACCGCAUCCCCAACAGCAACACCGACAGCUUCGCCGUCUCCUGCGCCGACUCCUGCGCCGACCGCUGCGCCGACGCCUGGCUCUGCGCACAUGUGGUCGGCCAUCUCCGGUGCGUGCACGCUAGACGGCGCAUGUGUACAGAGCGCGAACUAUCCGCAGCCGUAUGGCAACAACCAGAUGUGCACGAUUACGAUCGACGCGUCGAACGCAGCACCGAUCGUCGUCGAGAGUUUUGACGUUGAGUCGUAUUUCGACUACCUCAUUGUCGACGGAGGGGACAGGUAUACUGGAACCUCAGGUCCCUCUGGGGUCACCCCAGCGGAGACUGUGCUGUGGUCGUCUGACUUUUCCGUAACAAGGAGUGGAUGGAGAAUUUGCAUGCCGGCAUCAACACCUGCACCCCCUCCGACCGCAGCACCAACGCCUGCGCCGACCGUUUCUCCAACUGCCAGGCCGACUGCAGCACCGACUCUUGCACCGACCGCUUCCCCGACAGGUGCACCGACAGCCGCACCGACAGCAUCACCGACCGCUUCUCCAACAGCAGCACCACCGACAGCCGCACCGACAUCAGCACCGACCGCAUCCCCAACAGCAACACCGACAGCUUCGCCGUCUCCUGCGCCGACUCCUGCGCCGACCGCUGCGCCGACGCCCGGCUCUGCGCACAUGUGGUCGGCCAUCUCCGGUGCGUGCACGCUAGACGGCGCAUGUGUACAGAGCGCGAACUAUCCGCAGCCGUAUGGCAACAACCAGAUGUGCACGAUUACGAUCGACGCGUCGAACGCAGGACCGAUCGUCGUAGAGGGCUUCAAUGUAGAAUCGUACUUCGAUUACAUCAUGAUCGACGGAUGGAAAGUAUAUACUGGAACUUCGGGUCCGUCUGGGUUCACCCCUUCAUCCAGUAUUAUGUGGUCGUCCGACUUUAGCGUUACGAGGAGCGGGUGGAAAUUCUGCAUGCCAGUGUCAACACCUGCACCCCCGCCGACAACAGCACCAACGCCGUCACCGACCGCUGCACCAACGGUUGCCCCGACAGCUGCGCCGACUCUUGCGCCGACUCCUUCGCCGACCGCUGCACCGACGCCCGGUUCCGGCAGCAUGUGGGCUGCCAUCUCCGGCCCGUGCGUGCAAGACGGCGCAUGUGUGCAGAGCCCGAACUAUCCGCAGUACUACAGCAACAGCCAGCAGUGCACGAUUGAGAUCAACGCGGCGAACGCAGCUCCAAUCGUCGUG